AUGCAUUUGAUGGCAUACCAUAUUUGGAGACCCUCCGGUGGGGGGAAACAUCCAAAUAUGGGAAGUCUUGCAAAGGGUCAGCCAGGCGGCACAAGUGGUCCUGUGCAACGUCGCAGGCCGUUAUGCGGGACUCCGUGCGAACAGCAUUUGAGAACCAUGGAAGUUGUAGAAGUACUCACCAAGGGUCCCCAAGGUUGUGGCACCCCUGGUGGACGUGUCAGUUGUGGUCACUUGAUGCCUAAACUAACGUACCGUCACUUGCACUCCCCCCGGAUCACAUCCCCCACCGGAGAUGACAAUCACUACCCUCACUACAUCAACGUGGCUGAGCACAAGCCCCCCCUUGAGACCCACCGCACAAGUUUGGACGAAUACGCUUCCAACAGGUCAUUUGGUGCGGACACAGACUUCACAUCUUCACCACCUUCAUCUCACGGGCAUACAUUCUCUUCGCCCAUAAUGGACCCCACGGGCAAUGUGAGGUUGGGGCACUGCAAUUCCGACAUCUCAGAGAUCACCCACGAUGCCCCUCUCACAUGCAUCUACCGUUUGUGGCCCCUGGCUCCGCAAGUCUUUGGGCCUUUACUGCAAGACCCCGACUUUCCGGCCCUCAUUGAUCAGUGGACGACUCGCCCCGACGUGUCCGAGGACACCUGGAACGAGAUUUGCACGUUCAUCGACGACAACCCAGAAAUACUCGACUUCAUAUCUUUUCGAUAUCGUAGGGAGAGCCAUACUCUCCUCGUCAUGUCAGCGCGCGCCCUCCAUGAAGUCGUCAAUGUUGCCAUGUUGCACGCCUCUGAAUGGGCAAACAUCGCAGUCGACCCACGCCAACGAAUUCUCAUUGAUUGCAACCGCCUGGUUGCCGAUGAGGAAUCCCGUCAAAUACCGGACGGAAUCGUGGGCAUUCAAUACUCGAACGACAUCCCCCACACGCCCGGCGCCCUGCCGGUGAUGGCGGAGGAGGAAGAUGCGGGGGAGGACAAUGCUGAGGAGGCUGAUGCUGAGGCAGAGGAGGAGGAGGAGGAGGAGAGGCCGAGGCGGGGUGGAGGUGGAGUCAGAGGAUGGGGUCACGGAGCCAGGGAUACGCAGACCGUCGAAGAGAUGGUCGGAGAGCUACGAAAGGCCAUGGUCGAAGCCGACGGGGAGGACAACAAACACGGUGGCCCUGUCCUUUUCAUAGGGAUCAAGGUUCAAGAGUUCAAGUACAUGGACCCCGCCUGUCCUGCCCAACGUCGAUGGGUUCGUCCCCGGUGCAGUCACGCAAACGACAUUCUUUGCACAGGCUUCAAGCGGAAGGGGAAGCAGCUCAUCGGCCGCAUCACGGCAACACUCUUCAUUUUUCUCCUGACCAACCUUCUGAGGGUCUGCGACAUACACGACAAUGCGGAGCCGAACAAGGUCAACCCAUACAUUGAGGCUGGCUUGGCAACGCCCGUCCUGCACAGCUACACCAUACCGAAUCUCAUGCCGAAGGGGGUUGACCACAGCAGCCCCGACUACGAAGGCCAAGAUGGCGUUUGUUUGGCGCUCCCGGAUGAAGUCGUGCGGCACGCAACGGAGGUGGUUGCAGUGGAAAGACACUUGAACCUGCCAAUGGACGUCACUGUACCCAUCGCGCCAAUCCAUUACCCGACCUCAUCGAAGUUCCGCUGGUCCAUCAAGAUGGAGCCAACGGGCUUGCAAGGUAUGGUACAAUACCUGCAUGGCGUGAACAUGGCCCUCAAGAGGGUCCUGCCCGUGGAUGGCAAUCCGGAUGCGCCUGCCCCAAUGGCCGAGGACAUCGAUUGUGUGGCGGAGUUCGCCAAGAGACGACACCUCGUUACACCUCCACCUCGCCCGAAGCCCACUCCAAAGGAGCGUGAGACGCGGACGACCAAGGCGGAUGAUCUCUACGCGGAGGAGCACGCUCCACACGAGGAGUUCAAGAGUUGCGCCGUGCCUAGCAACAUGGUGAUAGGACGUACGACUCGGACUCGCCAAAUGGAACACCAGUGUCCUCAACGCAUAGCGCCAUACUUACCGUCACAUGCACAACACACCAUCAACGCGGCAAUGUUCAUGUCAGAAGAGGAAUGUUCGCGCCUGAUUGAGUUGCUCUCCUGCAUUGUGUGCCUUCCUCGCAAGACUGCAGAACCCAAAUCCAAGUCCCCCGCAUCCCACAAACCUUACAAGCACAUGUCAAGUCAAUCACGACUUGGCCACUCCAGUUCAACGUGCUCACCGGUCAUGGAAGAUGGCACAGCGCGGCACCUUGAAGCACAGUGCCCGAAUCUUGAAUCUGAACAGGACAGAGGUCAACAAACAUGCAGUGAUAACGUCGAAAGUUUGUACACUAUGACUCAUGCUAUGAUUCGUGUCAAGUUGACGGUCUUGGCAUCUGAAGCUACAGGAGAGCUGACACUGCCUCAUGUAUCCGACCCAUACUUGCGUGGCACAAGGUCUCAAGCACAUCCACAACUUGUCACGCCAGUGGACGCGCCGGCUGCGCCCCCUAUGCCACCUUGCCCACGUGGGGCCAUCAAAUUCAAGAUCUGCCAGUCCGCGCCCGCUCCCGUGGAGCUCCCAUGGGACAACGACCCACUCUCUGCACCGUCACAUGCAUCAAAGGGCAGCGUGAAAACGUUCUUUUCAGAUCUCACUGUGAAUCUCACAGACAGUGCCAUUGUGCAGUGCUGUGAGAAUGUGCUACGUGGGGCAGAGUCCGUCCUCAUGCCCGGUAGUAUUCCAGAGGCCGGUGCCUCGUUGAGCACACUUACUGAAUGUUGCGCCGAAGUGUUCCACGAGCAUGAGGCCACGGACUUUGCAGUAAUGGUGCAAAACACUGCAAAAAAGAUGUGUUCGCUGAAAACACUAGAGAAGUGGAAUGCCAUGGGCUGCAAAUUUGCACAGGUGGCCGGUGGCGGCACCAUGUACGUCCUCAUUCUCAUUGUCCUGAGGAACCUUAGGGGGAAGCUGGGAUCAAUGGACGGUCAUACCUCCAGAUAUAUAGGCAAUCUCUUGAGAUGGCCAGAUGGUACAUCCUCUCUGUCUGAUGUCUGUAUUGCUGUUCUCAAAGGCGUAGACUCCCCUGCCGGUCAAGCAGUGAAGAACACUAUUAUUCCCGCCGUUGCCCUUCUACAAAAGCGAUGUCCAUUCCCAAUGGAAACCUUCUUGCCGGUGACCUGCAUGCUACCAGCUGGCGAGGCGAAGAACACUCUUUGCGGAAACCUCAAGAUAUCCGAUUUGUUCUUUGAUUCAUUUGUGUACAAGUGA